AAAGGCCCAAAAGGCAGGCAGCCAUCACGAUGGCGCUUGCCCACCUCCCCUUCGUCCUCCUCUUGGUGUCGUCCGUCGCCGCCUUCGCCGCAGGCGACCACGGCCUCACGCACAUCCACCUGUACGUGCACGAGACGUACACCGGGGCGAACGCCACGGCCGCCGCCGUGCUGCAGUCCCCGCUGGGCGCCAACUCGUCGUUCGGGAGCAUGGGCGUGGUGGACGACGAGAUACGCGUGGGCCCGGACCGGUCGUCGCAGCUCGUCGGCCGGUACCAGGGCGUCUUCUUCGGCACGAGCGUGCAGCUGGGCGCCGGCUACCUGUCGUCCAUCACGCUGGUGUUCACCGCCGGCGAGUACAACGGGAGCACCCUGUCCGUGCAGGGGCCCCUGCUCGGGUUCACUGGCACCAUCGAGCGCGCCGUGGUCGGCGGCACCGGCAAGUUCAGGCUGGCGCGCGGGUACAUGCUUUUCAAGAUGAUAAGCAAGCCGACGCCGGAGACGGACGUCAACGAGAUCAACCUGUUCGUGCUCAUGCACCCCGCUGGCAAGUACUAGCGCAUACACCUUGAGACGAGUGAGUGGCUACUGGCUACUACCGCAUUGUUGUUGGGCAGGUUGGAUGAAGUGUCUAUGUCCAAUCCAACUCUUUCAGAUUUGUUUCUCUUGGUGAAACCCAAUAAAUAUGCAAUUUCUUCGUCCUAUGAGCAAAAAUGUAGACCAUUUUCUUGGCCUUGACCUGU